AAGACCAAGAUCAACAACAAACAACGUUGGAGUGUUUGCAACUUUGCGAGUGUUUGUUGUGAAGUGAGCUAUCUUGAUCAUAGACCUCUGCCCGUGAGAAGCAUGGAGGGCAAGCGGAAAGCUGAGUUUAUGGCAGUAGCAGUGCAGCCCAAGAAGCCAAGAAAUGAAGUGGUGGUUCACGGAGGAGAGAAAGGAGUGGUGCAGAGUGGUGGUCCACCUCGUACCAGUGGCCUUCUUGGCCCCAUUAUGCAACUGUCAGGGCACCAGGGAGAUGUGCUGUGUGGGAAAUUCCAUCCUGAGGGAGAUGUUUUAGCAACAGCUGGCAUGGACAGGCAAAUAUCAUUCUGGAAGGUGUACGGGGAAUGUGACAACUUUGCGGUGUUGCCCGGCCACACCAAUGCUGUAACAGACCUUCACUUCAGUACUGAUGGCACAGCACUCUACACAUGCUCAGCAGACAAGACAGUCAUGUGCUGGGACACAAUGACUGGCACCAGGGUGAAGAAGCUCAAGGGUCACAGUAGUUUUGUCAACUGUGUGCACAGUGCUCGUCGUGGGCCGUGCCUUGUGGUGAGUGGUGGUGAUGAUUGUACUGUGUUGAUCUGGGAUGUAAGGAAAAAGAGGCCGGCCACCACUCUACAGAACACCUUCCAGGUGACAGCUGUGACCUUCAAUGACACUUCAGAACAAGUUAUAUCGGGUGGUAUUGAUAAUGAUAUGAAGGUGUGGGAUCUGCGAAAGAAUGGGUUACUGUAUCGCAUGCGAGGCCACAAUGACACAGUGACUGGCCUGAGUCUGUCCCCUGAUGGUUCUUAUGUGCUGUCCAAUGCCAUGGACAACACUGUCAGAAUUUGGGAUGUGCGCCCAUUUGCACCUCAAGAACGUUGUGUCAAGAUCUUCCAGGGACACCAGCACAACUUUGAGAAUAUCUUACUGAGAUGCUCCUGGUCUCCGGAUGGGCGGCGAGUGGCUGCUGGAUCGUCUGAUAGACAUGCUUACAUUUGGGACACCACCUCAAGACACAUCUUGUAUAAGCUGCCAGGACAUAAUGGAUCUGUGAAUGCUGUGGAAUUCCAUCCUAAGGAACCAAUUGUUAUGUCUGUCUCCAAUGACAAGCAGAUCUUUCUGGGAGAGAUUGAAUGAUGGGCACACAAAAAUGAAAAGGUCCACAAAUGAGACAUGUCUUGUAACUGAUGAACUCAGGUACUUUUUUUUUUUGUUUGUUUGUUUUUGACAGUGGUAUAAUUAGUUGGUGUGUGCAGUGCCACUGUAUUUGUGUUCAUCAGGUUGUGAGAAAAAAAAUUUUCAUCUGUUUCCUGGUCGAGUCUAAGCAAGUGUCAACAAUAGUGAUUUGGACUGGCAGAUAGUUGUCAGGAGUAUCAGUCACUGUGUCAAGACUGAAGCCUCUUCUCCUUCACUGGAGAAAAAGGAGGAGUGUAAAUGUAAGGAAGAAAAUCAGUCUUUUUUUUUUUUUCCACCUUAUAUGAAAGGAAAAUAAAUAUAUAAAAAUUUGAAAUUCUCU